AUGAUGCUCGAUCUCGAGGGGUGUGGCAAACCUCUUCAUGAGGACCAUAAUGAUGACGGUGGUGAUGAUGAUGGUGGUGGUGAUGGUGAUGGCGUGGUUUCCCUCAUGGCAGAUCUGUGGGAUGCAUCUGUGAAGCCGCAGCCAUCAGCUGAUGGAGUCACCAAGCCGGCCGUCAACGCUGCGGGUGCUGGAAGGGUUACACAGGCGAGCGUCUGUUGGAUGCGAGGAAGGGCAGCGGAUGUUUGUUCUCGAGAGCAAAGAGAAUACUACUGA